CGUCUCUGUCCCUGCGAGUCCCCUCAAUCUCCUCUCCCCUGCGAGCCCCUCUGUGACCUUGGUGCGUAACUGGGAAGAAGAUGCCAUCUGCUGCUCUGGAAGCAGGCAAGACCCCAAAGGUCUCCAGGCCUCCCGGCAGCAUGGCCUUCAACGGCAAGUACGAGAUCGAGAGUGAGAAGAAUUAUGACGAGUUCAUGAAGCGCCUCGGGCUCCCCAGCGAUGCAAUUGAAAAAGGCCGUAACUUCAAGAUCGUCACAGAGGUCCAGCAGGAUGGGCAGGACUUCACCUGGUCCCAGCACUACCCCAGCGGCCACUCCAUGACCAACAAGUUCACCAUUGGCAAGGAGUGUGACAUGGAGACCAUGGGGGGCAAGAAGUUCAAGGCCACGGUGCGGAUGGAGGGCGGCAAGCUGGUGGUGGAUUUCCCCAACUACCACCAGACUUCGGAGAUCGUGGGCGGCAAGCUGGUGGAGAUCUCCACCAUCGGCGGCGUGACCUAUGAGCGCGUAUAUAAGAGGCUGGCCUGAGCAACCAGGCGGGCUCCAAGGGGGCUACAAAGCCACCAAUAAAGCUGGUCCAAGAAUGGGCCCUCUGCUCACUCCAGA